AUGCAGGAGAAAACAUGGAGAAACCUGCCUCCUACCAUUUCUCUUCCCUCUGAUUACUCCCCAGAAUUAUCUGAAUGUUUUAUGGUGAAUGGAGCUGAUUAUCGGGGAUUGCAGAACAGAACUGCACCUGGAUCCGCUGGGAAGCCUUGCCUCUACUGGAACCAGACACGAGAACAUGCCUACAACACGGCCAAGUAUCCCAAUGGCGAGUGGGGGCUGGGCAGUCACAAUUACUGCCGAAAUCCGGACGGUGAUGUACAGCCUUGGUGCUACAUCUCAGAGAACGAAGAAGGGAUCUACUGGAAGUAUUGUGACAUUCCAACCUGCCACAUGCCUGGCUAUGUUGGGUGCUUCCUGGAUUCUGGUACUCCCCCAACACUAAGUGGGAGCAGUGGCACCUCCACCAAGCUCACAGUGCAAGUUUGCCUCAGUUUCUGCCGCAAACGAGGCUAUAAGUUUGCUGGAGUAGAAGCUGGUUAUGCCUGUUUCUGUGGCCAUGAAGGAGAUAUCCGGCACAGCCAGCAAGUGAGUGCUGUGGAAUGUGAUCAAGUCUGCUUUGGCAAGUCCAGUGAACUGUGUGGAGGAGAUGGCCGGAUCGGCAUAUACAAUGUCUCCAUGGGGGCCUGUCAGGGGAACUUCAGUGAUCUGUCUGGAGUGAUCUACUCUCCGCAGUUCCCAGAUGACUAUGAGGCCAACAGCAACUGCAGCUGGAUCCUUUACCCUGCAGGCUGUGAUUCUAUAGAGCUCAGCUUCCGGAUCUUUGAUGUGCGUGAUCCAAACGACCGCCUGGAGGUCCGGGAUGGACACAGCAAUCUCUUACUGGCCCAGUUUGAUGGGCGCCGAAGGCCGGGCGCACCUCUGCUGUUCCCCACGGACUGUCUUUCCCUUUUCUUCCAAUCAGACCAGUUCCUGCAAGCCCAAGGCUUUGCCAUCUUGUAUCGAGGACUGAAAGCUUCCUCGGUCAACUUGCGGACCCUUCCAGGUGAUGGAUCCCGUCUGACCCCUACCUCUUCCGAUUGGCUGAAUUCAACCUGGACCUACAGUGCCAAUGACUCUGCCAUUGGGGUAGGAGCUUGGGUGAUGUAUACGGCCACAGGGACCUUCAUCUUAGCCAUCAUCAUUGUCUCAUACCAUUUGCGCAAGAGGACCUGCCUUUUUGUACAAAAGAAGACGGGGAAUUCUUUAGUCCCAUUCUCCUUCAAAGGGCCACGGAACCGCUGCCAGUGUCUUGGGGGUGAGGCCUGGACUGUAGCCUACCGACAUACUCGUGUGGUGAUCUGCACGACUCGUGGGGCCCCCCAUCACCGUCCCCUGCACAAUGGGGGUGGAGUUGCCGGAGGAGACGACGAGACCUCCUCCGAUUGCUCGUGCCUAUGCCACAGCUAUGAGAACCUUUCUUCCACCAAUCAGUCCUCUCUCAAAUCUCUCAUCUCCACCAUCUGAGGAGCUCAGAUCCUGCAGUUUGUGACUUUUACUGCCACACAGUUAAAGCGGACCUUCCUCGGUUCAUUAGGGACAAAAAGACUGGAGCCUUACAAUGUUUAACCACUCAAGACCUGCGGCAGUGGCUCUAUAAUAUAAUGGAAGUUGAAGCUUUUAGGC